CAUGGGCUCGCCCUCGCUGGCGGGCCGCAAGCUGUUGAGGAGAGCGAGCGAGGGCACUUGGUUGGCUAGCUGGGUGGGAUGGGUGCAUCAUGGGUGGAUGGGUGCAUGCGUCGCCUGCCUACCUGCGUCGUCGUCGUCGUCGCCCGCAGUCGUAGGCGUCGUCGUAGGCGUCGUCGUGUGGGCGUGUUGGGGUUGGCCAGGUCUGGCGGGCACAAGACUGACGGGUCUCAGGAGAGUCUCAUUGGGGUUGACUAGCUACUGCAGCAGACUGCAGCAGCAGAAACGAGGGUCCACUGGCCUCUGCCUCUCUGCCUCUCUGCCUCUGCUUCUGCCUCUGCCCCAUGACGAUUCGUUUCGGCCCGUCCUGGGCGGCGUGCGGGGAAGCCAAGCACUGCGACUCUCGUCCAAACAGAGGCCGACAGCCAUCCCACGCACUCCCCCUCUUUGCAGUAACAACCCCCGUCCUGUCUUAUCACCACCACUCUCUCUCCACUCACGGCCUGCCUUUCUGUGCGUGCGUGCGUGUGCCUGUGUUCCCCCUACCUGCCUGCUUGCCUGCUAG